AAAGCAUCUGUCAACGUCACUGGGUGCCCAACUAGAAGUUAAACUUGUUGCGCAUCUCCGUGGGAAUCGACAGGAGUCUUACCAAGAGGCGCAAUGGCAGGAGGAUCUCCAACUAGUAGCGCCCCAUACCAGCUGCCUGUGCUGGUCAUUGGGUCCGGUAGCACAGGACUUGCUCUUGCGCAGGGCCUGCGGAAAGCUAGCAUACCGUGCACUGUCUUCGAAAAGAAUGCCCACCAUCAUGGAGAAAGAGACUGGAACAUGGGCCUGCAUUGGGGUGCGCCUGUCCUGAAGAGUCUCAUGCCAGAUGGCCAGUUCGACGAGAAAGUGCAGAGCCUCCAGGUCGAUCCUUAUGUGCCUACCAAAGAGCUCGAUGAUCUGACCUGGCUAAAAGGUGACACUGGUGAGCGUCUUGCAACCAUCACAUUUGGUCCCUUCUACCGCUUGAGAAGGAGCAAGCUACGAGACCUCCUAUCCCAGGAUCUCGACAUUCAGUAUGGCAAACACCUCCAGAGAAUCACGUAUGCAGAGGGCAAGCAGUCCGUCACCGCGCACUUCACAGAUGGUAGCUCUGCCACUGGGUCGCUGUUGGUUGGCGCCGACGGUGCGCGGUCAACGACUCGAAGCCUGCUACUGGGUGCUGAGCUAGGCGCCAUAAAUCAUAUCCCAUAUUGCGCCACCUUCAUCCAGCAACGCUUCACUUCAGAACAGGCUCUCUUCCUGCGUUCCUUCCACCCUCUGUUCCUUGCCUCAGCGCACCCGAACAACACAUUCGCCUUCUUCGGCAUGCACGAUGCGCCAGACCCCAACGAUCCAUCGAGCUGGACGUUCUUCUUCUACGUGUCUUGGCGCUCAUCGCUAGAAGAGCAGGAUGCAACCAAGCACUGGACCGAUGCUCAGCGCGUUAAGCAGCAGAAAGAGCUAGCAAAGCACUUUUGCGACCCCUGGAAGAGCGCACUCGAGUGGACUCCGGACGACGCAAGUGCAUGGUAUCUUGGUCUGACAGACUGGGACCCCGGUGCUGAGGGGCAUUGCUGGGAUAACUACAAUGGGCUGGUAACGCUGGUGGGUGAUGCGUGUCACCCCAUGACUUAUCAGAGGGGCCAGGGUUUGAAUCAUAGUGUCACCGAUGCAGGGAAGCUGAGGGAUGCACUUGUAAAAAUUCAAGAAAACGGAGACCAAGCGGAGGUUAUGAGGGAGUUUGAGAAGGAGAUGAUCAAGCGGGGCGGCACAGAAGUCAGAGAUGGUACAGCGAACACUGGGAUGUUGCACGACUGGGAGAGAAUCAAGGAGAGUCCUUUAUUCAAGAAAGGGCUGAGGAAGACUUGAAGAAUUUUUUAGUCGUGAAGUGCAGUUGAUGCGGAGCGCCUGGCUCUUAGCUUGCAACCCUGACCAAAUUGGAAAAGCCCUUGCUCUGUCC